AACAGCUUGGAUGUCGGCGGCUUACUGUGGGAACAGUUCGCGACGAAUCGGAAUUCCGAGUGCGGUCGAGCAUUGUCCCGCCAAGCGCGCGAGGUUCUCAUUCACAAUCGGCGUUUUGGUGUUUACGAAGCGGAUAACCGCACGUUCUCUCACACGCCCAGAUGCAUUGAUCACGUAUCUCUCGCGAAAUUCCAAGGGGAACAACAAUCGAGAUCGGUAGCGAGAUCGCGCCGACUAGGGCGUACUCUCUGCGAUUUUGUUUCCUGUCGUGGAAUUGCACGCGAGAGCAGCCGUGAAAAAUCGCGAGUGAGACCGAUCUCAGACCCAAGUCCCAACUCCCGUGCCCCAGACGAUGGCCGAGUCCAGUGACUUGGAUCGGCAGAUCGAACAGCUGAAGAAGUGCGAGAUCAUCAAGGAGGCGGAGGUGAAAGCUCUGUGUGCCAAAGCUCGGGAGAUCCUCAUCGAGGAGAGCAAUGUGCAGCGUGUGGACUCGCCAGUGACAGUUUGCGGUGAUAUCCACGGCCAGUUUUAUGAUUUAAAAGAAUUGUUCAAAGUAGGCGGGGAUGUGCCGGAAACAAAUUAUCUCUUUAUGGGAGACUUCGUAGACAGAGGCUUUUACAGUGUCGAAACGUUCCUUCUUCUCCUCGCAUUAAAGGUCCGUUAUCCCGACAGAAUUACACUGAUAAGAGGGAAUCACGAAUCGCGACAGAUAACGCAAGUUUACGGAUUUUACGACGAGUGUUUGCGCAAAUACGGUAGCAUAACAGUGUGGAGAUACUGCACAGAGAUAUUCGACUACCUCUCGUUAUCCGCCAUCAUCGAUGGCAAGAUCUUUUGUGUUCACGGCGGAUUGUCGCCCAGUAUCCAAACCUUGGAUCAAAUUCGGACUAUAGAUAGGAAACAAGAAGUUCCUCACGACGGACCAAUGUGCGAUUUGUUGUGGUCGGAUCCCGAGGACACGCAAGGUUGGGGUGUGUCGCCCCGUGGUGCCGGCUAUCUCUUUGGCAGCGACGUAGUUGCGCAGUUCAAUUCCGCCAACGACAUCGACAUGAUUUGCAGAGCCCAUCAGUUGGUGAUGGAGGGCUACAAGUGGCACUUUAAUGAGACUGUGUUGACAGUUUGGUCCGCGCCAAACUACUGUUACAGAUGCGGCAACGUAGCCGCGAUAUUGGAACUGAACGAGCAUCUGCAGAGAGACUUCACGAUAUUCGAAGCUGCGCCGCAGGAAAGCCGCGGCAUACCUAGCAAAAAACCGCAAGCAGAUUACUUUUUAUAAAUUUGAACUGGUGUACAAAAGAAAUCCCAUCACACAGAAUCGCAUCGACAUGGUAUUUGCUCUUUUCUAUCUUUCUUUUUAUCUCUUAUACAAUUUUCUCCCUUUCUCCUCGCCCCUUUCUCCCGAGUAAUUUGCGCCAAAAAAAAAAAAAAAAAAGACAGCUUGCUGAGUCUCGUGACAAAAACAGGAAUUUUUGUCAUUUUUAUGUUCGAUCGUUAACGAUAAUAUAAAGUAUAUAAAUAUUUGAAUAUAGAAUUGCGAUGUGUACAAUGAACUGAUGUAAAAUAAAAAGCUCUCGUAUCUCU